CUUGUAGAAUAGAUCUACGACCUUUACAAUAAUUGAGUCCAUUGUUUCCUCUCUUUGCGACUAUUUGAUUUACAUAGCCUUCUUAUAGUAUGUUGUAUAGUUACACAACAGUUUUUUUUUCUGAAUCGGUUGGCUACUGCUAAACUACCAAGUUUCACAAACACUGAUCCGCUUUACCGCCCAAAAGACACAAAGAAAAGGAAGUUAAACUUUUUUUGAUGAAAAUUAGACUGUUUAAUCAGACCGUCAUCUAACUUAAAGAGCAAAUAAUUAGACACAUUCGUAUCUCUUUGUUCUAAAGUCUCUGUAGCCUACCGAACAAUUUAAUGGGCAAAUCCGUCCCUAAAUGUUGCUUUUAAUGUGCUUUACUUUUGUCAACUUCGUUCUUUACUACCAUCACUAUUCUGGCUGUGUGCACAUUGUGUAGGAAAGCGAGAAGCAGAGCGUUCUGUCAACUGGUCUGUGGAGGAGACCCAGGCGCUGCUGUGCGCUUGGAGCGAUGAAAGGGUCCAAAAGUCUCUCUCCGAGAACCUGCGGAACAAGCAUGUGUUCAAGCACCUCUCUGCCCGAAUGAGCUCCCUGGGUUUCUCGCGCAGCCCUCACCAGUGUCGGCUGCGCGUGAAGACGCUGAAAGCCAACUAUGUGCGAGCCAAGCUCCUGAGGAGCGUGGACGGAGGGCAGCCGUGCACGUUCAGGUAUUACGCGGAGAUGGACGCGGUUCUGGGAAGAACGCGGUCCACUGAGCACGGUAUCCACGUAAUCUCCGAAGUUAAAUCGGAGGACGACCGCGAGGCAUCCACGGACGAGUUCGAGUUUAGCAACCCCGGCUUCUCACAGUCCCUGCCCGUUGAAGGCCCUGCUGUUUUUAUGGAACCACAUAUUGCUUCAAUACCUACAACCAUGUCCGUGGAAGAGGACCUGAGCUCCAAAACUCCAACACCACCCCUUCCACCACCACCGCCGCCACCGCACCCCCUGUCCCCACCCGCGGCAGACCCCGGCAGGCCCCAGCCCCUGGAACCGGCGAUCCGGUACCUGGCCGACUGCUUCCAGCGGAUGCUGUGGGAGUGGCGGCGGCUGGUGGAGCAGCUGGAGGGCCAGCGGCACGAGCAGGCGCGCUGGCAGCAGGAGCUCCUGGGCAGGUGGCUGGAGCAGCAGGACCGGCGGCAGCAGGAGGCCGCCGAGCGGGAGGCCCGGCGGGAGAGGGCGCGCAUGGACCACGAGCUCCGUGUCCUGCAGCUGCUCACCGGCCUGCAGCGCCCCCCGCCCUGCCAGUGCGCCCAGCGCACAUCCGCCCCCCAGCACAGACUGCCCCCCCACGACCGCGGCACGCAGGAGAGGACAGACCAGGGGGCAGAGUGAAGCCUCUACUCCUGAACACACCUGUACUGCCCACAGGAUCCAGGCUCUCCAGCAUUUAAAUUAAAUGUAUUUAAAUUUUUAUUUUCUUUUUCUACAAGAUGCUCAGUUGUGCUCUAUAAACUUUUGUCAGAGGUCUGAAAUGAGUAACUUUGCAACCAGAUGUAAUCUUAUUGGUCAAGCCUUUUGAGUUUUAAACUUUAGUUACACAAAUUGUAAAUCUAAGAAGUGCUUAGAUUAAUUAACUAAAAUAAAUUAAAUUAAAAUAAACAAAAAAAAUCAUCAUGGUUUUAAGCACCCUGUAUGAUGGUUCUUGUCUUGCCCCCUACAUUGAAAAUCAUUUACAAUAAUUGUCUUUACAGAUUACUCUAUUUAGUGUUGUACAUACAAGACAGUGUGUUGCCACCAGACAUGAUAAAACAAGACAAUCAUUUCAGGAAAUCUCAACAGUCAAGAAUAUUGUAAUGUAAAUAAAUGUACAGCACAUAUAGCCUUGUUUUAUAAAAUUUCGAUUUUUGUACCAAUAAAAAUGUUUGGUAUCAUUUGAUUU